AUGGUUGUACCACAGGAACACCCCUACACCUCUAUACCAGUAUCUCCAAACACAAAGGAACACUUUGAGGAUAAUGGUAGACAUUCAGAUUCCAAAGUGUCCACAUUGACAAAUUUACAAAGGGGAAUUAGGCAGAGUAAUUUCUUACAGUUACCCCAGGAAACAUACAAAGUAUUGGCUGCCCAACAAGAGCAUUGUGAGUGCUCAGAGCACUACCACAGAGAGUCAGCUGGAAAUGAUCAGGGUCAUCCAGGAAACUUUUAUUAUAUUACGAUGCUCCGAGAUCCUGUGUCAAGGUAUCUGAGUGAAUGGAAACAUGUGCAAAGAGGUGCAACAUGGAAAGCAUCUCUUCACCUAUGUGAUGGAAGAAGCCCCACACCUGAUGAACUGCCCACAUGCUAUAUUGGAGAUGACUGGUCUGGUGUGACCCUUCAGGAAUUUAUGGACUGUUCUUACAACUUAGCCAACAAUCGUCAGGUCCGCAUGCUAGCAGACCUCAGUUUGGUUGGAUGUUAUAAUUUGACUUUUAUGAGUGAAAGUGAAAGGAAUGAAAUACUAUUGCAGAGUGCAAAAAACAACCUGAAAAACAUGGCAUUCUUUGGCCUGACAGAGUUUCAGAGAAAAACACAGUACCUGUUUGAGAGAACAUUCAGCUUAAAGUUCAUUUCCCCAUUCACACAGUUCAACAGCACUAGAGCCUCAAAUGUAGAUAUUAAUGAGCGAGCUCGAAAUCGAAUUGAGGAAUUGAACUUUCUAGAUAUGCAACUGUAUGAUUAUGCCAAGGACCUCUUUUUACAGCGCUUUCAGUACACUAAGCAGAAGGAACACCAGCAAGAACGACAAAAAAGACGAGAAGAACGACGACUGCUCCGAGAACACAAGGCCUACCAAAGGCAGCAUCCAGACGAAACAGUACAGACUAUCACGGAAGACUAUAAUAGUCAAGUUAUUAGGUGGUGAUAAUAAAAGGGGAAGCUUCCUAGUUACCAUGGACAAAUACGUAUUUGGAAACAUAACUUAAUACCUCACUAUAAUGUGAGAUUUGUUUCAGUUAUGAUUUGGACAUGAUGCUGCAGGUGUUGUGGGUUGUCAUAGCUUCCCUGCCUUGGAGUAACCUACUUGUCUUAAUUUUUCAGUCCUAUAGAUAGACAUUUUUUUUUUACAUUUUCUCUGUUUCUUUACUUUCUUAUCCAGCACAUAGCAGAUAAUAUUUCAAAUAUUUUAUGGAUGGGAAAAAUAUGACAAAUUGUCAUACAUGUGCUAAUAGAGCUGACGAAAAGGUCUUCUAAGUAAUGAAAACAAAGAGUUAAUUUAAUCUAACGGAUACGCCUGUGCAUAGUAUGUUUUAAAGACUACUGAUGGGUUUAGUAACAAAAUCUGCAUCAUAAUGGCAUAUUUGUAAUCACUCAGAAAGUUAAGAAAGCAGUACAUGAAAAAAAAAUAAUCAUUUAUUAGAAACCCUUUAAAAAUACAAGAUUCUGCAAUGCAAUAUAUGUUUUAGAUGCAGAUUUGUUUACAGCUGAAUAAAGGAAAACAGAUUAUGACUGAUCACCUUGAUAGUAAUAUAAACAUGAACAAUUAUUAAAUGAUUUCUUUUAAAUGAAUGUCCAUGAUUUUUAAUCAUUAUGUGUCCUUAACAUAUUUUUAAUACAAUAAACACCAUCUGUAUUAUUUGGAAGUUAGAGUAAUAAGGCAAAAAUUGGUUCACAAUAUCUAUCUGAGUGGGAUAGUUGCCUAUGGCCUCUACUAGUAACAUGUUUGAAUCAUAGCAAGCCUUGGCUGAAGGUCCCCACAAAUAUGUAAACUUCACCACCUGUGCAGCAUAAAUCAGAAAUCUGUCUACAAGAAUUCAGAAAUUAAUGCGGUAUUUUAUACAAACAAUGUUUUGAUCUUCUUAAAUGUGUGUUUGCAUUUGUCACAUCAGUCGAGUUAUGACAGAUUGUAUAAUGAACAUUUUAAACCACCAAGUGUUUGACUGUUGUUUUAUUGAAGAUGUGCUUCCUUGAAAAUAUAUGAGGACAUUAAAGGAACCUUUGGUCUGAAUGCAUGUUCACCAUCAGAAACUACUUCUAUCAAAAUCUAACCACUGCCAACUGCAGAGACAUUUUUGGUAACAAACAUUUCCAGUG